GUUGUCUCCAUGAUGAGCAGAAGCAAGAAAAACUGACAGCUAUUUCUGGAACUCUGGAUAUACAACUUUAAUUUGUAGGAACUCUUCCAUAAUGAAAACCUCAUACAGUUACCUUGAUGAUAGCAGAAGGAUGAGAGGAAAGUUAUGAUGGCAAAAAACAGAGAGCCACGUCCCCCAUCUUAUGCUAUUAGUGUUGUUGGACUAUCUGGAACUGAAAAGGAUAAAGGUAACUGUGGAGUUGGCAAGUCGUGUUUGUGCAAUAGAUUCGUUCGUUCAAAAGCAGAUGAUUAUUACCCCGAGCAUACCUCUGUGCUUAGCACAAUUGACUUUGGAGGAAGAGUUGUUAACAAUGAUCACUUUUUGUACUGGGGUGACGUAACACAAAGUGGCGAGGAUGGAAUAGAAUGCAGAAUUCAUGUCAUCGAACAGACCGAGUUCAUUGAUGAUCAGACUUUCUUGCCUCAUCGGAGUACAAAUUUACAACCUUAUAUAAAACGUGCAGCUGCCUCCAAGUUGCAGUCGGCAGAAAAACUAAUGUACAUUUGCACAGAUCAGCUAGGCUUGGAGCAAGACUUCGAGCAAAAACAAAUGCCUGAAGGGAAAUUAAGCAUAGAUGGCUUUUUAUUGUGCAUUGAUGUCAGUCAAGGAUGCAAUAGAAAGUUUGAUGAUCAACUUAAAUUUGUUAAUAAUCUCUAUAUCCAACUAUCAAAAUCUAAAAAACCCAUCAUAAUAGCAGCGACGAAAUGUGAUGAAUGUGUGGAUCACUAUCUGCGAGAAGUUCAGGCAUUUGCUUCGAAUAAAAAGAACCUUGUGGUAGUAGAAACAUCUGCAAGAUUCAAUGUCAAUGUUGAAACAUGUUUUACCGCAUUGGUACAAAUGAUGGAUAAAACUCGUGGUAAACCUAAAAUAAUACCCUAUCUGGAUGCCUAUAAAACGCAAAGACAACUAGUUGUUACUGCAACGGAUAAAUUCGAAAAGCUUGUGCAAACUGUGAGAGACUAUCAUGCCACUUGGAAAACUGUUAGUAAUAAACUGAAAAAUCAUCCCGAUUAUGAGGAGUACAUAAACUUGGAAGGAACAAAAAAGGCCAAAAAUACAUUUUCCAAACACAUAGAGCAACUCAAACAGGAACAUAUUAGAAAAAGAAGAGAGGAAUACAUUAACGCAUUGCCAAGAGCUCUUAAUACUCUUCUGUCGAAUCUUGAUGAGAUUGAACACUUGAACUGGUCAGAAGCCUUGAAGUUAAUAGAGAAGAGGUCUGACUUCCAGUCAUGUUUUGUGGUGCUUGAAAAAACACCCUGGGAUGAAACUGACCAUAUAGAUAAAGUGAAUGACAGAAGGAUUCCAUUUGAUCUUCUUACUACACUAGAAGCAGAAAAAGUUUAUCAAAACCAUGUACAGCAUCUUAUAUCUGAAAAAAGGAGAGUUGAAAUGAAGGAGAAGUUCAAAAAAACUCUUGAGAAAAUCCAGUUCAUUUCACCUGGACAGCCAUGGGAAGAAGUUUUAUGUUUUGUAAUGGAGGAUGAAGCAUUCAAAUACAUCACUGAUGGAGAUAGUAAGGAAGUGUAUAGCAGGCAUCAGAGGGAGAUUGUGGAAAAAGCCAAAGAGGAGUUUCAGGAAAUGCUUUUUGAACAUUCAGAGCUGUUUUAUGACUUGGAUCUUAAUGCAACGCCUAGCUCAGAUAAAAUGAGUGAGAUUCAUGCAGUUCUGAGUGAAGAGCCUAGAUACAAAGCUUUACAGAAACUUGCACCUGAUAGAGAAUCUCUUCUGCUUAAACACAUAGGAUUUGUUUAUCACCCAACUAAAGAGACUUGUCUCAGUGGCCAAAAUUGCACGGACAUUAAAGUAGAGCAGUUACUUGCCAACAGUCUUCUGCAACAGGACCAUGGCCGCUCAAAUUUAUACCAUGAUAGUGCCAAUAUUGAUAAAGUUAAUCUUUUCAUUUUGGGUAAAGAUGGCCUUGCGCAGGAAUUGGCAAAUGAAAUUCGCACACAGUCCACUGAUGAUGAGUAUGCCUUAGAUGGAAAAAUAUAUGAACUAGAUCUUAGGCCAGUUGAUGCAAAGUCCCCAUACCUGUUGACUCAGCUGUGGACCUCUACCUUCAAACCACAUGGUUGUUUCUGUGUGUUUAACUCUAUUGAAUCACUAAAUUUUAUUGGAGAGUGUAUUGGAAAAAUAAGGACUGAAGCAUCUCAGAUAAGGAGAGACAAGUAUAUGGCUAAUCUUUCCUUUACACUAAUAUUGGCUAAUCAGAGGGACAGCAUUAGCAAGAAUCUACCUAUUCUGAGACACCAGGGUCAACAACUGGCCAACAAAUUACAGUGUCCUUUUGUAGAUGUGCCUGCUGGUACAUAUCCACGCAAAUUUAAUGAGGCCCAAAUUAAACAAGCUCUGAGGGGGGUCCUCGAAGCAGUUAAACACAACUUUGAUGUUGUAAGUCCAGUUCCCACUAUUAAAGAUCUGUCAGAAGCUGACUUGAGGAUUGUGAUGUGUGCCAUGUGUGGUGAUCCAUUCAGUGUGGAUCUCAUUCUUUCACCUUUCCUUGAUUCUCACUCCUGCAGUGCUGCUCAAGCUGGCCAGAGUAAUUCUUUGAUGCUUGAUAAAAUGAUAGGAGAAAAGAGGCGGCGAAUACAAAUAACUAUUUUAUCGUACCAUUCCUCAAUUGGCGUAAGGAAAGACGAACUCGUUCAUGGAUAUAUACUAGUUUAUUCCGCCAAGCGGAAGGCAUCUAUGGGAAUGCUUCGGGCAUUUCUUUCUGAGGUCCAGGAUACGAUUCCAGUCCAGCUAGUGGCUGUUACUGAUAGCCAGGCUGACUUCUUUGAGAAUGAAGCAAUCAAGGAGCUAAUGACUGAAGGAGAGCACAUAGCAACUGAGAUUACUGCUAAGUUUACAGCUUUAUAUUCAUUAUCUCAAUAUCAUCGUCAGACUGAGGUUUUCACAUUGUUCUUCAGUGAUGUGUUGGAGAAGAAAAACAUGAUUGAAAAUUCUUAUAUAUCAGACAGCACGAGGGAAUCAACCCAUACAAGUGAAGAUGUUUUUCCAAGAUCGCCCAGAGGAAGUUCCCUUGACUAUAAUUAUCCAGAUUCAGAGGAUGAUACGGAAGGACCACCACCUUAUAGUCCAAUUGGUGAUGAUGUACGGUUGCUUCCAACACCUAGUGACCGUUCAAAGUACCGACUGGACCUGGAAGGAAAUGAGUAUCCUAUUCACAGUACACCACUCAAUUGUCAUGACCAUGAACGCAACCAUAAAGUGCCUCCCCCAAUAAAACCGAAACCACUUGUUCCAAAAACAAAUGUGAAAAAACUGGACCCCAAUCUUCUGAAAACAAUUGAGGCAGGCAUUGGUAAAAAUCCCAGGAAACAGCCUUCUCGAGUGCCCACAGCACCGCCAGAAGAUAUAGACCCAUCUGAUAAUUACGCUGAACCCAUUGACACUAUUUUCAAGCAUAAAGGCUUUGCAGAUGAUAUCUAUGCAGUUCCGGAUGAUAGUCAGAAUCGUAUUAUAAAAGUUCGAAACUCAAUUGUUUUAAAUGCUCAAGGUGAUGAAGAAAAUGGAUAUUCUGAUAGACUAUCUAGAGGCCAUGGAGAAAGAAGGCCUUCAAAAUACAAAUAUAAAUCUAAGACAUUGUUCAGCAAAGCUAAGUCUUACUAUAGGAGAACGCAUUCAGAUGCAAGUGAUGAUGAGGCUUUUACCACUUCUAAAACUAAAAGAAAAGGAAGACAUCGUGGAAGUGAAGAGGACCCGCUUCUUUCACCUGUCGAAACAUGGAAGGGUGGCAUAGAUAACCCUGCUAUUACUUCAGAUCAAGAACUGGAUGAUAAAAAAAUGAAGAAGAAAACUCAAAAAACAAAAGAAGAAAAGAAGCAGAAAAAGAAAACAAAGCCAUUAAAUCCUCCAAUCCGUAGAAACUGGGAAAGCAAUUACUUUGGGAUGCCCCUACAGGAUCUGGUUACAGUGGAGAAACCCAUACCUCUCUUUGUUGAAAAAUGUGUGCAAUUCAUUGAAGAUACAGGAUUAUGUACUGAAGGUCUGUACCGUGUUAGUGGAAAUAAAACAGAUCAAGACAAUAUUCAGAAGCAGUUUGAUCAAGAUCACAGUAUCAGUCUAGAAUCUAUGGAAGUGACAGUAAAUGCUGUGGCUGGGGCUCUCAAAGCUUUUUUUGCAGAUCUGCCAGACCCACUGGUUCCUUACUCUUUGCAUCAAGAGUUGUUAGAAACAUCAAAGAUCCUGGAUAAAACAGAACGACUGCAUGAGUUAAAGGAAAUUGUGAAGAAAUUCCCUCCUGUGAACUAUGAUGUCUUCAAAUACAUAAUAACACAUCUAAACAGGGUUAGUCAGCAAUAUAAAACCAACUUUAUGACUGCUGAUAACUUAUCGAUUUGUUUCUGGCCUACUUUGAUGAGACCUGAUUUUGAAAACAGAGCGUUUUUAUCUACCACCAAGAUCCACCAGUCAGUAAUAGAGACCUUCAUUCAGCAGUGUCAGUUUUUUUUCUACAAUGGGGAGGUGGUAGAAGCACCUACGGCAGCGGCCUGUCAGCCCCCGCCCUCCAACCCAGUGCAGAUGGUGGAGCCCAUGGUGCCUCUGCAGCUACCGCCGCCGCUGCAGCCGCAGCUCAUACAGCCCCAGCUACCAGCAGACCCUCUUGGUAUUAUAUAAACAUAAGAUGAUUGCAGGCAGCCUGGCCAUGGACAGUAAGGAAAAGCUUGUAGACAUGCAUGUUUCAGGAUACAGUAAUGUACUUCAUAUUUAUGAAAAAAAAAAUUCACAUCCAACUGAUCGGACAUGUUUUUUGUUAUAUCCCGUACUGUGUUCCUCAUUUGUACAUGCUGCAGAUGAUUUAAAAAAAAUGUGAUAAGCAUGACUGGAGAGGUUUAAUUUUUAAAAGCAAAAAUAGCUAUAAAGUACAAAGCUGCUGCUGCAUGAUACCUUAUUGCAAUCACUAUAUCAUUCCUGUGACAGUUUGUCACAAUAUAUUGUGAAUAAAAUUUUUCUAUAGAAAUUUAAUGAUUUAAAAAUACAUUUAUGAAACAUUCAGUGCUUACAGCCUGCUUUAUGGCUGUUUUUGUUAUUUAACAUGCUAUUUUUGGCAAUUUUAUUCACCUUCAAGCGUUCUGUGUAAAUGACGAAAGCCCAGCUAUAGUUUAUUUUGUAAUCUCCUGGUGACUUCUGUGACGGUAUGCUUAGGAUGACAUAUGGACGAAUGAAAAGUGCACUGUUGAGAACUUUACAAUCCCUUACCUUCCAUCUUUUCCUGUAAGUAAGCCUGUGGAGAGUUUGUUAAGGGUGGGUAAACUUGCUUCUUAUUUCUUACAGCACAAUACCAAGGACAUGCUUGUUGUAAAAGUGAGUUUCAAAUAUUGUACAAAAAUUUUGAUGUUGCCUACUUAUUUCUUUUAUGUUCCAUUACUGAACUAAACAUUUUGUAAAACUGUUAAUUCUGUAAACAGCUGCAUGUUUAAAAGAUCAUUGAUGGUCUUGUAAACUUAAUCUAAUAUAUUUUAGAUAUUUUAAUUUUUCCCACUUGGGAAUACAUUUAGUGUUUAGAAAAUAGUUCAUGACAUUUUCAUAUAAGGUUAUAUAACUUUUCAUACAUAAACAUGAACUUUGUUGUAGUAAAAUUCUCUAAACCAAACAACGUUUUAAUCUAGGACUUCAAUUAAUCUAUUCUUUAAAUCUAUUUUUAUGUGACCCUUUAAAGAUAUACAAAAAUGCAUUGCUAAUACAUAGCAAUAAAUACUUUGGGUACUGACAAUUAACCUCUUUGGAGUGUGUAUAUAUAUAAAAUCACAUAAACUUGUAUUCAUAUUUUUUUCCUGUGGUAUGUUGUACUAAAAAUUCAAAUGACUGAUUUUGUUUUUGCACCAUUUUUUUAAUGUUAUCUUUUUUUUGUCUUUUAUUUUCCUUUUACAUUGGUACCAAUUUUGCUGUAAAACAAUGCUGCUUAAUUUAAACAAAUCUUUUGGUUAAAUAUUUUGUUAGUGGUUUAAAAAAAAAAAAACAAAAAAAGAAGGUUACAAACUGUAGCUAAGGGGCGACCAUAGAUAAAGACUAUUUGUAAGAAUUCUCAUAGCAGCUUUUUUCUUUCAUGCUCAAAAUUUACCUUUUUAGGUCUGCAGAAAAAAAGAAGUUUUGACUCAUACAGCUGCUAGAAUGUUUUGUGUAGUUUAAAAAAAAAAAAAAAAAGCUUUAUGAUGGUCACUGUUGUAAUCUUCACUUAUAACAAGAUUUAAGAUCGUCUUGUAUGUAUUAUAGUAAAUAGAUGAUUUUGAGAA